UGCGCGGCAGCCUCCCCGUGUGAGCCCCGACGCCCCGCCGGCAGCUGCCGCCUUCAUAAGCGGCGGCGCCCGCUCCCCGCGCACUCGGCCUCGGCUCCGCGGCCAUGAGCUUCCUCCGCUGGCUGGCGUCGUUCCUCGCGACGGCCGCCCUCGCUCGCGCUACCUGCACGGAAAGCUGUUCUGAGACUUGGCUCCCUUUCGGCGGAUCCUCGUUCCUGCUGAGCUCAGGAAAGGCCACCUGGUUCAACGCCUUCACCGAGUGCCACGCUCUGAACGGCAGCCUGGCCGCCAUCCUGUCCGAGAGAGAGAACGAUUUCUUAGCUGGGCUACUGACAGUAUGCCGCGUAGACAAAGCAUGGAUCGGCCUCUCAGACGCAUAUAUCGAGAAUGUCUUCACGUGGGUCGAGGGAGAUAUGCUCUUCAUGAACUUCGGACCGGGAGAGCCCAGCGGCUCGGGCGACCAUGCAUCGGAGGACUGCGUGGAGAUGCGCCAGGAUACAGGCUUCCAGUGGAACGAUGAGUACUGCAUGGAAAAGAGGAGAUUUCUGUGUCGCAAGGACACCGAAUGAUCGUCUUUUCAUGAGGGGUGAGGCACACCCUUUGGAGUGGAAAUGUUCGUGAUCCACUUCAGUUUUCUGGAGUAAUUGCAUACGGUUUAAAAAAGACUGAAAUUUAUUUUCCUUUCUCCUUGUUUGUUAGGUUUUCUGCAUAGAUGUUACUAUAUAUGCAUGAGAGAGAGAGAGAGAGAGAGAGAGAGAGAGAGAGAGAGAGAGAGAGAGAGAGAGAGAGAGAGAGAGAGGGCAAGUACAAAUUUAGUCCAUAUUUUCUCUAUAUUCAUUAAACGAAUGUAAUAUACAAGCAAUAUGGCCUAUCAUUAUAAGUAAGGCUACCUUGAUUGCCUUCUACAUUUACGUAUGUUUCUCCUCCCCCUGUCUGUCUCUCUUCCCAUUGUCAUACAUCUCUUACAUUUCCUUUCCUAGCAUGUACGGCCGAAACCAAAGGAGUUUCCUUCGUUUCUUCAUUAAUUGGUCGUAUAAUGUUAAAUAAUCUUCUAAACAUAACUUACCUUUUAAUUCACAUUUUUUUUUAUCAUAUCAUUAAGCGGCGUUCAAUUGAGAAUGGACCAUAUAACACCUCUGUCGUAAUGUUUUUCUUUCCAAUAUUCCGCAGUAUGGUAAGCUUACUUUAGUGGCAGAUGGUCUAUGCUUUGGCUAACCUGGAAGCUGAAAAUUUAAGAAUAGGCCUAAUGUCAUAUCUUUAAAGAAAGGUGCAAAGACUCCUAAGUAAUGAUGUUAACACUUAUGAUGGUUACUGUUACAGAUAUUCGUUUGCUUAUUUUAUUUUCCUUUUAGCUGUUUUUUUCAUAAUACGCAAAAUCCAAGGUACAUAAAAACAGGUAGCUCCACUUCGUUGUAAUAAAAACAAAAACAAACAAACAAAAAAAAAACCUCUUCGCCUGUAUUUAUUGCAAACAUAUAUUCAUUUCAUAUAUUCUUGCUUUUUUAUAACUUUUUACAUGUUUUAUUAGUGAACAUUUUUCAAAGAAAAUGCACUGAAAAAAAGAAUUACCAUAAAAUAUCUCACAGAUUGACAUGGCCAAACAGGGGGCAGAGAUAUUGAUGUCAUUUCGUUUACCGUUUAUCCAAUGAAAGUGCACCGUAAAAUAUCAGAUAUAGCUCGAUACAUGAUUGUUUCCAUAAUCUAGUCGAUAGUGUUAUAAUUACUGGACGUAAAAACCAAAAUUUCCUUCUUCUAUAUAUGAUAAAGAGGAGUUCCUUACCAUGCACAACUGUCAGGAUAUUCUUGAAGUCAAUUUCAUUCAUGGGUUCAAUAGGCUAAAUGGAAAUGGAGCUCCCUGGUUAUUUGUACCUUGAUAAACCAAAAUAAAUGAAUACAGGUG